CGAGUCAUGGCAUUGAACUUCUAGACGAUCUUGGAUUGCUCUCUACAUUUUAAAUACUUCCAAGUAUUUUUGGAAGAAGGGUAGCUACUGGCUGAGUGAGGGAGGGUGGGUAGAUACAUUGGCCUUUCCUCCACCUUUCUGUAAUUCUGUUAGACGCCUGGAUUCCUAUUCCCAGGAAUUAGUUAGCAGAAAGAAGGAAUUGUGCUGAUAGAGAAUGAAUAGCAUCAUCAUCCCCAGGGGUUUUCCCUUAUAACAAAAAUAGAUUCUGUUAUUCAUUUUUCUAGAUCGGCUCCCAAACUGAUAUAUAACUACCUGAUAGGUCUAGGGUUAAGCCAACCCUUAAACAUGUGUAUGUUAGGAAAAGGACUAGGGCUGUGUAAUAGCAUAGUUCAGGGACUAAUGUGUAAUAAAACAAAUAAGUCUGUUAGGAUACAGCUGGCAGUUACAGCUGGCAGUUAGUGUUUGUUAUACUAUAAAUAGCUAAAGCUUGUAGAGGAAGUCAUCUUUUGGGAAUUAGAUUCUGGAACUGGUUGAGGAACCAGGAGCUGAUCAUUGGGAAUCAGCUGUAACCCUAACUGUGUGUUCUUCCCCAAAUUGCAAUACAAACAUUUUCUCUAGCUUAGAAUCUCGUUGAUUCUGGGUUAGCAUUUCAGUUUCUACUCUUUCUCAUCCCUGAUUUCUUCCAGUGUUAACAUUGGUAUCAGAGCACCAUCUUGGUGCCUGAGAAAACCCACGCGAAGUGCGACUCUGCAUGGUCCAAACACGACAAAUGGCAAGGAGCGAAACCAGUUGGAAUCAGGAACGUGAAGAACUGCGACAGGAGAGGGAGGAAUUGCGCAUCAGGCUGGUAUUGAAUGAGGCGCGUACCAAGAAAUCUGAAGAGCUCAUCGCAGCUCUUGAAGCUCGAUUGGAGAAUCGCAGACGGGAACCCUUGGAAGAGGUGGGCAGCGAGAAUGGAAGGGAGCUUCACCAGCGAUUUCCGACCAAGAAUCGAUGGAGGAAAUUGGAAAUCCCAAUUUUUUCAGGAGACGAUGCAGUGGGUUGGACGCAGAAGCUUGAACGAUACUUCGCCAUGAGAGAAGUCACAGAGGACGAAAGGAUGCAAGCUACGAUGGUGGCUUUGGAAGGACGCGCCCUUAGUUGGUUCCAGUGGUGGGAGCGGUGCAACCCUUCACCAACCUGGGAAGCUUUCAAAUUGGCUGUGGUAAGGCGUUUCCAACCUUCUAUGAUUCAGAACCCGUUUGAACUGUUAUUGUCUUUGAAACAAGUAGGAACAGUAGAUGAAUAUGUAGAAGAAUUUGAGAAAUAUGCGGGUGCCUUGAAAGAAAUUGACCAUGAUUUUGUGAGAGGAAUUUUCUUGAAUGGAUUAAAGGAAGAAAUCAAAGCUGAGGUCAGAUUGAUUCAGAAGUCUUUGCUCAUUGAGCAAAAGAACCAAAUUGUUACCAAGAAAGGGGUAGGGUUUACAAGGCCAUCAAGUGCUUUCAGGAAUAAUAACUACAGUAAAGUAGUCACUGUUGAACCUCAGAACAACACUGACCAGAAGCAGGAUAGCUCUUCCGUGGGAAGUGUUGCUAUGCCUUCCAGAAAUAAUGCAGGAAUUGAUAGUUCCAGGAAUAGAGGAGGAGAGUUCAAGCAUUUAACUGGGGCUCAAAUGAGGGAAAAAAGGGACAAGAACUUAUGUUUCAGAUGUGAUGAGCCUUAUAGUAGAGAACACAAGUGUAGAAACAAACAGCUUAGAAUGAUUAUCAUGGAGGAUGAUGAUGAUGCUGAUUGUGGAGAGUUUGAGGAUGCUCUUUCAGGGGAGUUUAAUUCCCUACAACUGUCACUAUGCUCUAUGGCUGGAUUGACUUCUACCAAGUCUUGGAAAAUGGUGGGGCAGAUUGGCAACCAGUCAAUUGUGGUGCUCAUUGAUUGUGGAGCCUCUCACAAUUUUAUUUCUCACAAGUUAGUAGAGCAACUGAACUUGACUGUGGCUGAAACUCAGACUUACACAGUUGAGGUUGGGGAUGGAUACAAAAUCAGAUGCAAGGGAAAGUGUUCUCAGCUGGGAAUUAUGAUACAAGCAUUGGAGAUAGUCCAGAACUUUUAUCUCUUUGGCCUCAAUGGAAUGGAUGUGGUGCUUGGAAUUGAGUGGUUGGCUAGUUUAGGAGACAUCAAAGCUAAUUUUGGCAAGAUGGAGCUAACCUUGAAGAGAGGAAAGGAGGUAUACACUUUGAAAGGGGAUCCUUCAUUAACAAAAUCUGAGUUGUCAUAUGGAGCCUUAAUGCAGAUUUUACUGGAAGAAGGGGAAGGUUUGCUGGUGCAUUGUGAUACAGGGGAGAAAGUGAACAAAAAAGAAUGUGAGAUACCAGAAAUUAUCACAGGAGUUCUGUUGCAAUUUGACACAGUUUUUCAAGAUCCUCAAGGGCUACCACCUAGGAGGAGGCAUGAUCAUGCAAUUCACUUGAAGGAGGGAGCUCAAGUUCCCAAUUUAAGACCCUAUAAAUGUCCUCACUAUCAGAAAAAUGAGGUGGAAAAGCUGGUAGCAGAAAUGCUGGAAGCAGGGGUGAUAAGACCAAGCAUAAGUCCUUUUUCAAGUCCCAUUAUCCUAGUAAAAAAGAAGGAUGGAGGGUGGCGAUUAUGUGUUGAUUACCGCGCCCUUAAUAAGGUUACAAUCCCCAACAAAUUCCCUAUUCCUAUUAUAGAAGAAUUGCUAGAUGAAUUGGGUGGGGCUAAGGUGUUCUCUAAGCUGGAUCUCAAGUCUGGUUACCAUCAAAUACGGAUGAAGGAUGCAGAUAUUGAGAAGACAGCUUUUCGCACUCAUGAAGGGCAUUAUGAGUUCCUUGUGAUGCCUUUUGGGCUCACAAAUGCACCUUCUACUUUCCAAUCCUUAAUGAAUGAGGUGUUAAAACCCUACUUAAGGAAAUUUGCCUUGGUAUUCUUCGAUGAUAUUUUGGUAUAUAGCCCUGAUUUGCUUACUCAUACCACCCACUUGCAACAAGUGUUGACCCUCUUAGCAGAUCAUGCUCUCAAGGCUAAUAGAAAAAAAUGCAGUUUUGGCCAAACUAGUUUAGAAUACUUGGGCCACAUUGUUUCAGGGGAAGGGGGUGGCUGCUGACCAAUCAAAGGUGGAAG